UAUUAUUGCUCAUGUUUCGUAUUUUAAACCCGCUUUCAGUCCUCCGGUCCCGGAGUGUUUCAUGAGUGGUCAUCUAAAAUUCUGUGCCCUCCGUUUCUUUCACCGUCCACCGCCCUCAUCUUUUUAUGCGAGGGUCUUAAAUCCAUAUCCCCCCAGUUUUAGUGAACCAGGUAUCCGCACCCGCCGCUUUUCUUGCCUACCUCUCCAUAUCGUGAGAUGCAUCCAAAUUUUACUUCACAAUAUCCCCACACAGUUGCGAACCCUGGCACUCCGCCCCGCCACGACCACCUUGCCUCUGGCGUCAUGCUCUUGAACAGUCACACGGCAGUGAGGCGCCUCAACCUUCAGCCGUCCGCACAGCAGCCACCGGCAGCCCUAUGAUGCGAAAAUCCGUCUGGGCCGCGGGCAUUGGUGUCUGGCGUAUGCUGCAUCCAAACACAAGGUCAUUUGAAUGCACAGAUGUGCUCCAGAGGUUGCAUGCCUCUGGCCUGCUCGGUGAUCAAGAGUUUCGACGCCAUCAGUCGAACCUGGCGCCGCCCUCCAUGCUGCCUUACCUCCUUAUGUGUCCCCCGCCAGCUCCUGCUCCCCUGGACCUGCCUUCCUACCCAAUACCUCGCGAUGGACCCUUUGGUCGCCGCAGCAUGUCCUCCUGUGGGUUCUGGCUUUUGUCCUACUUCAAGGUUGUUUUUGUCUAUUAUCAGUACUUAGUGACUCCCCCCUCUCCUCCUCCUCCUCCUCCUCCUCCUCCUCCUCCUCCUCCCCUCUCAUUAUCCUUUUCGUACCCGCUACUCGGUCUUCCUCGUUUAGGCGUAGCUGUAGCCGUCCUAAAAUAA